ACCAAUUUGUUAAACAACCAAUAUCAUUUAUCGUAUACUGAACUUCGCCAAAGAGGAAUCCUUUACAACAACAAAAACUUGUCAGAAUGAACAUCUCACAUUUGGUGGCAUGUGGACUUAUGAUCACCCUGCUUUCACUGCGGACAGGGGCGAAGCCUCUGACACCGGCGCAACAGAAGUCUCUCAGAAGUUUGCUGGGGGAGGAACUGUCGGAGUUCAUGGCGUCGGGCGAGAGAGAGCAGAGGCUGGAAAAAGUACGCUCCCGGGUACGCUUGCUGCGAGACCUGCGCAUGGACACUCGCGCCAAGGCCAUGUGGGCGCGACUGCUGAACGACCAGCCCAGCGCACGGAGACACAAAUCAAACACCAAGAAAGGGUCCGCGGCCCGGAGCGGCUGCUUCGGACACAAAAUGGACAGGAUAGGCACCAUUAGCGGCAUGGGCUGUUAGAGAAGGCAUAUCAAGAC